GUUCCUCGAGGUAUUCAGCAACAGCUGCUGUGCAUCCUAUUAGAGAGCGGGGCCAAGGCGACUCCAGGAUGUGCUCCACAUUUUAGAAACGCUUCACAUGUGGCAGCCACAGACGCCAAAUCAAAGGCAAAUGAACAUGAAGGUAUCUCAGAAAAUGAAGCCCACCACAAUGGCCAUAUUGUGGGCUGGCAUUGCCUUCAGUGUCAUGCCCUGCACCUCUGGCUUCUCUCAUGGUGCAAACCCCUCUGCCUGUAUUGAUAUGAAGCCGAGACAUAUUCAGGUCGGACCCCAGAACCCCCACAAGAGCUCCAUCACGCUGCGCACUGACAGGACCACCUACCUUCCAGGGCAGACAGUGACUGUGACGGUGAGGAGCACACGAGACUUUAUGGGAUUUUUGAUCCAAGGCCGUCGUGUCAUCGAUGAUCGGAUCGUUGGCUCCUUCAUCGUUUUCCCUUCUGAGUCCAAACUGCUUCAGUGUCAGGAGUCGGGGGACUCGGUGACGCAUUCGGACAAGUCGCUCAAACGGAACCUCUUAUUUGUGUGGAAGGCACCUGCUCUGUCCAUUGGGGACAUCCAGUUUUACGUCUCCAUUGUGCAGUCCUACUUCAUUUACUGGGCCAGAAUCAACUCGACUGUGGUUCGAGACGUGACGCCAAAGGGAACGACGCCAGUGGCGCUCCAGACCGGGCAGCUCUCUACAUCUGGAGAUUGGUCUGCCAAUUCCUCGCUGACAAGAACCACGGAGGCCAUUUCAGACGCGGGUCACAAUGAAGCCUCACUGUUUGAAGAAGACACCCAGGAAAAUAAGGAGGAGAAGCUCAGGGCUGCAGCAACACAACAGAAGCAGAGCCUGACUGAGCCACUUGACCGCUUCAUGCAAACAAGGGCAGGAGGCGAGAGCACGGCCGGAGAACUGGAGCGGUGCCACGGCUGCCAAGAAGAUGCACAAGCUAGAAGUUCAAAAGAUGUGACCGAUGUUUCACGAUCUUGGAGUGAGACCCUCCUGUUACCGACUAGCUGGCCUCAAGUGGAGACAAGCAGUGUGGUGACUUCCCAACUCCGCCAGCACCAGGCCACCAUGGCAGACAAUCCAUCUCCAGCGCUGAAGCAGUCCGUCCUCGUGACGCUGAAGGUUUCGGCCGACUUUCUUCAACAGACAGAGAAGGGCGAGCCCAGAGAGCAGAAAGCAGGGAGGGACAGAAACAAAUCCAUAGGAGCAGAGAGCAGGCCCACCCAUGAGGAUGGAACGUCCAGCAAGGAAGGAGGAAACUUGGCGAGGGGCUCUCAGCUCGGUGCGGUGGAGCUGGGGAUCCUGCUGGGCUGCUCAGCAGGUCUGGGCAUGGCGAUGGCGGCGGGUCUCCGGUACCUCCGCGCUCAGUACUGCCGCAAGCGAACCGAGGUGUCCUUCACCGAGCAGAACAAUGGCAUCAUUCACGUACAAGAAAGCGGAGAGCUGGUCCAGGUACGGAAGGUCAGAGAAAACAGCUUUGUGUUGGUCCAGGCUGAGUAUAACGUGAUCACACCUCCAGGGAAGUGAAGACCCUCAACGUCUCACUUCUCCAUUCCUCGACUACUUGGGUAAUCACUCGAGGAAGAUCCUUCCAUCUUUGAAUAGUAGCCAAAAAAGUAAAUAUAGUCAGACGGUAGCAAACAUCCACCCUCUCUUCGGUGGUCAACCAUAGUUAAUCCAUGUUAGUGGAGAUGUGUGACUAAACCAUUGUGAUGUUGUGUAGACGAUGAAUAAACUCAUCCCACCAGCUCAUGUGCCUUCAGAUACGUUCAUUACGUUAGAGCAGCUCAGCACACUGGCGAGUCAUCCAUCUCUCAAAACCUUUCCUCCAGAACAAGAUGGUGGGACAGCAAAGCCUAUCCUGGCAGAACUGCACACAAGCUCCCCGUAAGCAACAUGGCAGUCCACGUAGUCUUGGGUAGAAAUUCCU